ACUGUCACCGUGGACCCCACAUCCCACAUAAUUCCUCCAAUCUUAUGUCAUUCAUUCACUGAUCUCUUCCCCUUUCAAGAAUUGAAACCAACCAAUAUCUUUAGGCUUCCACAAACAGAUUUCAACAGAAGGAAGAAACGUCGAUGGGCGCUGAAGAGAAGAACCGAACACUCAUCUUCACCUACGGGACCCUCAAACGAGGCUUCCCAAACCACGGCCUAAUCGAAGACCUGAUCCCAACAGGUGAUGCCAUCUUUCUCGGCGUUUACCGAACCGUCGAGAGAUACCCACUCGUCUGCGGCCCCUUUCGUGUCCCUUUCCUUAUCAAUCUCAGCGGCCAUGGCGAUCGAGUCCGGGGAGAGCUUUACGCAGUUACGGCAAAAGGGCUUGAAAGGAUGGAUGAGUUAGAAGGAAUAAGUCGUGGGCACUACGAGAGGUUACCGAUAGAGAUUUCUCCGGACGAGGAAGCCGCUGCCAACGGCACUGACAAGAGAAUUGCAGUGACGGGCGGAGUAGAGGCGUAUUACGCCCAUCGGAGCUAUGGGGAGGAGCUGUGGCGGAGCAAUGGAGAGAAAGGGUUUUGCAGAUAUUCCGAAAAAGUGGCGAGUGGGUAUAUUAGGAGGAGUGAGAGGCCUCAAAAUGUUAGCUUUCUUGAACAGAUUCAGUUGUUCUGUUCUUCUUCUCCUCGUGUAAAUGUAACUGAUUGAAUUCUGUGAUUGAGGAUUAUAUAAUUCAUGAACAAAUUACAAAUGGGUUCUUAAA